AUGACCGUGGCCGUCUCGCAUUGGACGAGAAGCCCAGACACCAGUGUCAGGCACAGCUCGCACCCGACAGACUAUACCGACGAUAUGGCAUACUCGGAGGCUCAGUUCUCGGUGGAGUCCAUGGACAUGGACAAAGACAGCAACGGGGGAGGGUCCGACCUGUUAUGGAAAGGCGUGACAGCAGCAGAGACAGCCGCAGAAGGAGGGUCGGCCGCGGGGGCAGUCGACGACGGCCUCCUCUUCGAGGAAUUUGUUGACAUGGAAAGGCUUUCGACGCCCGGAGUUGACGGGCUCCCUGGUCCUCAGGCUUUACCCGACUCGUUCUUUUACAACAUACUCCCCACCCAUGGAUCAUCGGACGAUCUGGACGACCUGCUAGGUCGCCACGCUCAGCCGCUCCUCGAAACUAAAACUAGCUCUGCAGGUGUUCCCGCUGCCACAGCACAUCCAUCAUCAGCAGCCGCUAGAUUAGCGCAAGCUACAACAGACCCGAAGGUUUCUGCAAAUGCUCCGGGUGUGCAUACCUGGAUCGAUCACCCAGAGGAGCAGGGACAAAGGAAGGCCUCGUCCUAUCCGGGCCCAUCCUGUGCUGGCGGGUCCCAGUCGAUCUCUGACUCUGAGCUGCUGCGGCUUGAAGGCAUAUCGUUGAAAGCGUCGCCUUCUCGCGCUCCUUCUGUCGUCGUUUCCCAUCCUCCUACUCCUCUUCUUCAAGAUUCGUCCGCUACCAGCAGCAACAGCAACCUACAGCUCGCCGGCAGCAGCAGUAGUACCAACAAUACUACCAACAACAACCACGCCAACGGUGGUGGUCGUAAGCCGAGCAACUUCUUCAAGGCCGUCGCAUCCAAAAUGCAGCAGAAAGCUGCCUCGGUCCGACACAAACAGCCCAACAUGUCUUCCGUUAUCGACACCAGGGGGCCGCUCUCGCCGCCCAGCGUCUCCCCUCGCAAGCCCAACUUCAAGCUUCGUCCCGAGCACCUCAACAUCAUCGGUGGUCCCCACACCAGACUCCCCUCUCCACCAAACAGUGCCACCCUCCCCCACGAGCUGUCUUCUGCCUCAUCUACCGGCAGCAGCGGCAUGCCCUUCUGCGGAGGCUUCGUCGAGGACCCCUUCUGCGAUGCCGGUGCCAUGUUCCGCCGCAGCGACCCGACUACCCCCCUGGAUACUCCCAUCCUCGAUGACAAGAGCGGAAUGUUCUACCACCACCAGCCGAUGAGCUCCAGCAAUGUCGCCAACACCAGCAAGGCCACUUGGCCCAUGGCCACGACAACUCCUCAGACGGAUACCCAUGCCGCCUGGUCCAACGCCUAUGCCACUGAUGCCCUCGACAACCAAUGGUGGGAUGCUAGCAGCAUGGACUUGUCGACCAACUCGCAGUACCAAGCACAGAACGCGCGCAACGCCACGUUCAACCUGGCCAUGCACACGCAACAUAACGAGCUGCCGUACGAGUACAACAGCUUCGCCGCCGGACCCGGCCCGGAGGUGUCCGGCCUCAUGAUCCACGUGCCUCAACCCCGUGCUACCUCGUCGCCGGUCGUUCACUACCAACCCCCGCAACAACUUCACCACACCGCACAGAUGACCGAGCGCCGGCCCCGCAUGCCCCGGGCCCCCUCGGCCGGCGCCCGCCACAUGUGCUUGACGACGCCGAUGCGCAAGACCCGCACCCUGAACGGCUCUCGCCAGGACAGCCGGGAAUCCUCGACGUCGCCGACGCCCACGAACCGCUCCCGUCACAGCAGCGGCGGAUCGAUGGCCAGCAUCGGCGGCGGGGCCGCCCUCGCAGCGAGCGUCAAGAAGCGUCGGUCGUGGCAGCGCCGCGAGAGCAUGCGCACACCCUCUAUCGGAAGCGGGCUUGGCGGUGGUGCCACCGAUGGCAUCGGCUUCGUCAACUUCACUCCGAGCGACAAGAAUAUUCUCAUGACGGGUGUGGCACCCAGCGGCAGCUCCAAGACCAAGGCACGUCGUGAGAAGGAGGCGAUGGAGAAGCGUCGGCGGCUAAGCGAGGCGGCUAUCAAGGCCGUCAAGGCCGCCGGAGGGGACGUCGACAAGUUGGUCGAGGAAGGGUUCGUCUUUGCUUGA